CAGAGAAAAGCUAAUGAAAACACUCAUGUUAACAAAUAACUUUGGUCAGAGGAGGUUAGUGAUUGGUGGCGCAGCCCUGUCACCACACAGCAGGAGUUGCAAGAGGACGACAGAACAGUAGGAGAAGAGGAUGCAACUUAACUGGAGUCCAUUAACACUGUAGUCUGCCGAGCACCAUGGCAAAGGAAGGCUUUGAAUCUGGCCUCACGUGGGAAGUGCUGGCAAACAGACACCACUACCACAAACACAAACAGAAGAAGUCCUUCCUGUGCUUCCAUUGGGGACGAUAUGCAGACAAUGUGAUACGCAGCCACAAGUACUCCCUGCUGACCUUCCUGCCGCUAACACUGUAUGAACAGUUCCAGCGAGCAGCCAAUCUCUAUUUUCUGCUCAUGCUGGUGUUGCAGAGUAUCCCCAUCAUCUCGUCCAUACCGUGGUACAUCACCAUGAUCCCGCUACUCUUUGUACUCAGUGUGAAAGGAGUGAAAGACAUCGUUCACGACAUGGAGAGAAGGCGCUGUGACUCUGAGAUUAACGCCAGGCCCUGUGAGAUACUUGCUUCCCAGAGUUUUAAAACAGUACAGUGGAAGGAUCUGCAUGUGGGAGAUGUGGUCCGAAUCCACAAAGGCCAAGUCAUCCCUGCAGAUCUUCUGCUUCUGUGCAGUUCCGAGCCUCACAGCUUAUGCUAUGUGGAGACAGCUGAUAUUGAUGGUGAGACCAACCUCAAGUUCCGGCAGGCACUUAGUGCUACACACACCGAGCUGACCUCUCACCCGUCUGAGGAGGCCCUCAGUGCCUUUGAUGGUGUUGUGCUUUGUGAGGAACCAAACAAUCGCCUGUACACCUUCAGAGGUCAGCUGCAGUGGCGAGGAGAGUGUCUUGUCCUGGACAACGACCACAUCCUCCUGAGGGGAACAGUCCUACGCAACACAGACUUUGCCUAUGGACUGGCUGUAUACACGGGCGCGGACACUAAGAUCCUGAAAAACUGUGGGAAAGUGAGAAUGAAGACGACUCAGAUGGAAAAACUUUUCAACAGAGUGGUGAUCGGGAUAAUCCUGUCUCUGCUGUUGGCAGCUCUGCUCCUUGCCAUUGCCAGCGGCGUGUUUUCAAGUCAGGUCAUGAGCCAGACAGAGUUGCUGUCUGCUCUGGUGGUUAACGGCAAUCCAGUGUACAACGCUUUCGUCAUGUACUGGAGCUACAUGAUCCUCCUCAGCCCAGCCAUGCCCAUGGCGCUCUACAUCACUUUUGAGAUGAUCCACACAAUCCACAGCCUCUUUAUUGCCUGGGAUGUGAACAUGUACUGGCAGCAGGACGACAGACCGGCCCAGGCCAGGAAUACCUCUCUGAAUGAAGAGCUUGGCCAGGUUGAAUACCUGCUGAGUGACAAAACAGGGACACUGACCCAGAAUCGUCUCCUCUUCCGACAGUGCUGCGUAGCAGGGGAGAUCUUUGGUGAUGCAUCAGUCAGAGCAGAAGAUUUUGAGCCCAUGGAUUUGAGCUGGAACUCAUACUCAUGUGGAGGUCUGUUCAUGUCGUCUCCAAAACUAGUGGAGCGACUUCGAGAGCAGCAGUGUCCAAUGAGCAGACAGUUCAUCACCGCUCUGGCUUUGUGCCACACUGUCAUGGCAGUGUGGAGCAAUGAGAUUCCAGUUUACCAGGCUGCAUCCCCAGAUGAGGAAGCCCUUGUUGGUGCAGCCAGAGAAUUAGGCUGGGUCUUUCUUAAAAGGUCAAGGGAUUUUAUUGUCAUCUCCGAGCUGGGUGUUGUCCGCCAGUAUCAGCUGCUAGCGCUGCUGGACUUUACCAGCAAGAGGAGACGUAUGUCUGUACUGGUGCGGGAGCCAGACGGUGGGCUAAAGCUGUACUGUAAAGGAGCAGAUAUUGUCAUCAUGGAGAGGCUGCAGAACGACUGUCCGUUUAUGGAAAGGACUGAAAAAGCUCUGGAAGUGUUUGCAGAGAACUGUCUGAGGACGCUGUGUGUUGCAGUUCGAUCUGUUCCUGAGGCAACAUGGGAGGAGUGGAGCAAAACUCUGGUCGAGUCUGCUACCAUGGUGACCUCUGACCGCGAAGCAGUGCUGGAAAAGCUGUACGAUCAGAUGGAGAGAGACCUGUUGCUUCUGGGUGUGACGGCAAUAGAAGACCAGCUUCAGGAUGGAGUUCCUGAAACCAUCGCUCUUCUUCAAGAGGCUGGGAUUAGAGUAUGGGUGCUGACGGGAGACAAAAAAGAGACGGCAGUGAACAUCGGAUAUUCUUGUAGACUACUUGAUCCUGAUGACCGAUUACUAGAGUGGCAGGACCUGAGACAAAUACUUCAGUCUCCAUAUCCACAAGUCAGCUUCCAAAAUGCCAAGCAGACAGAGAUGUGGGCUGAGAACACCGGAAUGGCCAAGGCCAAAACUGCCAUAGUCCUCACCGGAUGUGAGCUGACAGAAUUGCACCAGAGACCAGAAUGGGGGGCCACGUUCAUGAAAAUAGCAGAACAGUGUCAGUCUGUGCUGUGCUGCCGUGUGACUCCUUCACAGAAGGCUGAUAUUGUGUCUCUGGUCAGGAAACACACCCACGCAGUCACAAUGUCCAUUGGUGAUGGUGCCAACGAUGUUAACAUGAUUAAAACUGCUCACAUUGGUGUGGGAUUGGCUGGGUUGGAAGGGGGGCAGGCCGUGCAGAAUGCAGACUACGCCUUGUCCCAAUUCAAGUUUCUGCAGAGACUCCUGCUCGUCCAUGGCCGCUGGUCGUAUCGUCGCAUCUCCACCUUCCUCUGCUACUUCCUGUUCAAGACCUGUGCCUUUGCUCUUGUGAAUGUUUGGUUUGGCUGCUACAAUGGCUACAGUGCUCAAUACUUGUAUGAGAGAUGGUUCAUCGCUUUCUACACUGUUUUCUACACAGCAACACCAAUAAUGUGUGUUGCCAUUUUUGAACAGGAUACAAGUGCUGAGAACAGCUUGAAAUUGCCCGAGCUUUACAAGUGUGGCCAGAGACAGGAGCUGUCUAGCCCUCUGAAGAUGUGCCUGUCACUCCUGUAUGCUGUCUACACGUCACUCGUUCUCUUCUUCAUCCCGUGUGGAGUUUUUUACAACACGGCAUUUGACCGACAGACUAUGUCAGUCACCGUUUCCAUGGCAGCCACAUUCACUGCCACAGUUGAGGUUCUGAUGGUGACCAGAUUUUGGACCAAGUACAAUAUCUUGGCGGUGUGUUUCUCUGUGGUGAUGUUCUUCAUCUGUUCAAGGAUCACACAAAGUCCAGGCCUCUACCAGAGAGCACCCAGCGACUAUACCUACAUCGGAGUGUCAGAGAAGGCCUUCAGAGAACCUGUUGUAUGGCUCACUGCCCUGCUCACUACCUGGACAGCUUUUUUACCGUCGCUGACGUUCCACGCCUUCGAAAUCAUUUCCACUGCUCAGAAGAAACACAAGGUCCACAGUGUCUCACCUCACCCAGUGGAGCUCAGGUCAAAGUUCAGAAGGGGGUCAUUUCACCGCCGUUCCUCUUAUGCCAUCUCUCAAGGAGCCCAGCCUGAAUGCUUUAUCACUUCAUCAACCAGUGUCAGCAGCGCUGCGCUGUCGGUGGGUAACGUGGUGACGACUCACAAGGCCAACAAAAAUGCGAGAAGCCCUCCAUAA